AUGACGCUUCCCACCACCAAUGACAGGAAAUUUGGAAGCCGCCUCACAAACAAAAGAUGGCUAUGCUGCCUCAGUGUUUGCGGCUGUCUCUCGGCUGUUUUUCUCAUAGUCAGUCUCGCUGCAUCGAGAAAUAUCCCCCAGACAAGACCAUGGUGGGAUGCCGAGACCGUCAAGGCUCAUUAUACUACAUACCGGAAAGGCACUCAAGCUGCGAUUUUGUUCCUCUUCGUGUCCGGGGCCCUCUUUCUCCCUUACUCCGCUGCAAUCACAAGUCAGAUUCGACUCAUUCCUGGCCUCAAUCCAGCCAUUGCCGAUCUCCAGCUCACCAGCGCCACAGCCGGUGUUUGGUUUUGGAUGAUAUCAGCCAUUUUCAUGUCACUUUUGAGCUUCCGUGACUACAGUGCUGAAUUGAUACAAUUCCUCAAUGAUGCCAUGUGGAUGUCCCUCCUCCUAAACUGGCCAAUCUUUUGGAUGCAAUUCUGGACCAUUGCCUGGGCGAUAUUCGCCGACCGCAGCGCUGACCCGCUAUUUCCGAAGGUCAUGGGAUGGGUGAAUUUCCUUGCUCCUAUAGUGCUUGCUUUGGGAUCGGGAGUUCACAUGCACCACACCGGCCCUUUCGCGUGA